UUCCCAAGAAAAUUUUAGAGAUCAUGAAUGUUGAAAACAUCAGUCGAGAAAACGUAGCCAGCCAUCUCCAGAAAUUUCGGAUGGGUAUGAAAAAGGGGAAUGAAAAGAUUAAGAAUGAGGAAACAACAAACCUAGCUUUGAUAACUCCGCAAGAAGGAAUAAUGUAUGUUGGAGCAGAUGCAUCACAGUACUUCAGAGAAAAAAAUUUCCAAUUGCCAACACAUCAUGUCAACAAUAUUCCUCAACCUACUUAUGUGCCGCAACACACCACAAACCCUAACAAUCUCAUGACACAUCUCAUAUCACCUCUCGAACAUCAUUAUGAUGAGGCCUUUGUUGCGGUUUCUGGUAGAGGCCUAGUGAUGAAUCAUCAAUAUCACAAUCAUCAUCAGACCUCGGACUUCACCGUAGAAGAAACUUUUGGGUAUAAAAACUUUCAAGAGGAAGAAGAGCCAACGGUUGCAAGCUUAAUGUUGACGCCCAACCCGAAACAUGUAGAGUUGUACCCUUGCCAGCCAGAGUAUAAUUCUAUGGAAAUAAGGAACAAUCAUGAAGUUGGGACAUCAUCAUCCAUGUUACAUUUGCCUCAAUUAAUUUCUUCUCCUCGCACAUAUAGUUUAGAGCAGCAUGAAAGUGGAGGAUUCAGCUACAACAGUGAUAUUACCGGGUCCAUAAACUAUAGCAAGUCAGCCUAAUCUUACUCGGUAUGGAUAGAUUCGUUCUCUUUUGCUAAAGAGACUAAUCCAAGAUUGGGAUUUGCAUGAAGAAAUCAAGAUGGGUCAUGAUCGGG